AUGAAUGUUUGUUUAUUAAUGAAGUGGUGGUGGAGGUAUGCCAAUGAGGAACAAGUUCUGUGGAAGCAGGUGUUAGUAUGCAAAUACAAAGCUGAAGGUGGAAAUUGGCGUCCAGAUAUUCAUUCAGGAGGUAGAGUAUCCAAGAUUUGGGGUGAUAUAUUGGGGGCAGCAAAUCAAAAUGUCAGCCUCCUGCAAUUUUAUAUUAAUAACCUUCAGAUUAGAGUGGGUAAUGGUUGUAGAGUGUCCUUCUGGCAUGAUUGCUGGACUGGUGGAGCUAGCCUCAAAGAAUCUUUCCCUCGAUUGUUCAAGUUGUCAAAUGAGAAGGAUGGGACUCUAAGGGACUAUGCUGAUAAAAGGGGAAACUCUGAAAAUUGGGUGAUUAGCUUCAGAAGGGCCUUAUUUCAAUGGGAACAAGAAGAACUCCUCAAUCUGAACCUCUUUACCAGUCCUAGUCCUGUCUUGAAUCUGCUUGUGAAAGACAGUGUUUUGUGGUUAGCUUCCAAAUCUGGUCAGUCUUUUGUCUCAACCUUAUACAAGCAUACUGAUGUUGAGCAUGGUGAAGUCAAUAAUUCUAGCAGAUUAGUGUGGAUUAAGUACCUUCCACCUAAAGUUCAAUUUUUUGGAUGGCUCGCAUGGAAGCAUAAGGUAAAAACUUCAGUGUUCUUGCACAGAAUUGGUGUGCUGGAGGAUAGUGCUGCCACUGUCUGUAUUUUCUGCAAAGCUGAACAAGAAACAGUUCAACAUGUGCUGAUCUGGUGCCCUUCGGUCUGGAGAGUUUGGACGAGUCUCCUGCAAUGGUGGGGAGCCCUCUGGGUAGUGCCUCAAACUGUUGAUGGCUUACUGCAGUGGUGGGCUGGAAGCAAGGUUAUGAAAGCUGAAAAAGUAAUUUGGAAUGCUAUUGCUGGAGGAUAG